AAAAAUAUGAUUGCAGACUAUUUAUCAAGACAGAGUUACACAGCUAGGACAAGAUAAUGUUAUGGAAAACAUACUCAAAACCCUAACUACACUUUGUACAAAAGUGGACAGUAUGGGCUUGAGAAUUCAAAAGCUAGAAGAAAAGGAAGAAUCUACAAGUCAGCAGCAUGACUAUAAAAAUGCGGAGCUACGUCGUUCGGCAGACGAAAAACAGCCAGAGCUAAAAGGAGACGUUGGGAAACUCCUUAAAACCCAUGACAUUACUGAUGCUGCAGGUACAAGCAAAAAAGCUAUGGAGAAACCUACACCAAAAAACAUAAACCUAAAUAGCAUAUUUACCAAACCAUUUACUCCAAAGAUACAGAUAGUAGAUGCUUCAACACCACAAACAUCUACCUAUGCAACUAGCCUGCAUAAAGAGAAGAAAACAUACAACCAUAUAUCCCGAACAUAUAUUGAAAACCUAUACAAAAUACAAAACUUUUUAAAUCAAAAACCCAAAUCUACCACAACAUUAGAAAAAACCCAAGACUACCUAACCCAAAAACUACAAGGCUAUAAUAAGUUAAUUGCACAACCAAAAACUAAUCCAAACCUAGUUAAAACUUGUUAUAACUAUGGAUUAUUAAAUACAGUCUAUACAUAUACAGGUGAAGAGAUAAGUGGAAUCCCAGAGGUCCACAAAGUAUUUUUAAUAUAUAAAAAGAUAACAAAAGGAAACUUAUUUUUCAUAAGAUUCUACACAGCACCAGCAGAGAUACUCUAUGAUGAAAUAAAGUCAAUGAUCCACAUAGUCAAAAUUGGGCUAACACGAGAAAUGAUAAUCCCAGAAGAUAUAGGCCAACAGCCAGAGAUAACAAGAGUUGAGAUACCCAGUUUCUAUGCCAAUAAAAGGAUAAUUGGAUUAUCAACUAUUAUACAAGAGCUAGCAAAUAACUAUCUACAAGGCAACGCCAUAUGGAGCUACUAUUCGAGAGACCACUUAAUGAUAUAUGCCAAUUCGAAAGAAAUAAGACAAGCAGAUAUGGAAGAAGUCCAAAAAUGGAUUUUGACCCUGUUAAAACCAGAAGCUACGCCAACAACUAGAGCAAUAAAGCAAGGAUUCAUAUCCGAAGAACUAAUGAUGAGAUAUUGCAAGCUAGUCGGACACAAUUACCAGACCAUAUAUGUCCAAGUGCAACCAAGGUGAUGACAUAAUUCCAGAAGUACAACUGGAGUAAGCUGAGAAAAAGAAAAUAGGGAAAAGAUAGACAUAAAAUAUAUGUAAAUUAGUCAUAAUUAUUGUCGGCCACAUGUAAAAAGUAAAGGCCAUUAAAUAAAGAAGAAAAAA